AUGGGAUAUUCUAAGACCUUCAGUGAUCCAAGUGGUGUUUCUCAAUGCGAAAGAAAGCACAAUGGGGAGGCAGCAAAGAAAAGCAAGGAACGUGGAAAGAGCUUCAGAGGGAGUGGAAAACUUAGAAGGCGUCCAAGAACUCACACUGGGGAGAAGCCACACACCUGCAUGAAAUGUGGAAAGAGUUUCAGUCAGAGUGGACAUCUCAUAAUACAUCAAAGAAUCCACACAGGGGAGAAGCCAUUCAAAUGCUUGGAAUGUGGAAAGGCCUUCUGUCAGAGUGGAGCGCUUACUCAACAUCACAGGACCCACACUGGAGAGAAGCCAUUCAAAUGCAUGGAAUGUGGAAAGAGCUUCUGUCAGAGUGGAGAGCUUACUCAACAUCACAGGACCCACACAGGGGAGAAGCCGUACAAAUGCAUGGAAUGUGGAAAGGCCUUCUGUCGGAGUGGAGAGCUUACUAAACAUCGCAGGACCCACACAGGGGAGAAGCCUUUCACAUGCAUGGAAUGUGGAAAGACCUUCUGUCGGAGUGGAGAGCUUACUCAACAUCACAGGACCCACACAGGGGAGAAGCCGUACAAAUGCAUGGAAUGUGGAAAGGCCUUCAGUCGGAGUGGACAUCUUAUAAGGCAUCAAAGAACCCACACUGGGGAGAAGCCAUACAAAUGCAUGGAAUGUGGAAAGACCUUCUGUCGGAGUGGAGAGCUUACUAAACAUCACAGGACCCACACAGGGGAGAAGCCGUACAAAUGCACGGAAUGUGGAAAGGCCUUCAGUCGGAGUGGGCAUCUUAUAAGGCAUCAAAGAACCCACACUGGAGAGAAGUCAUACAAAUGCAUGGAAUGUGGAAAGGUCUUCAGUGGGAGUGGGGAUCUCAGAAGGCAUCAAAAAACCCACAUUGGAGUCUUCCGGUUUACUACCCUCGAAGAGCAGCAGCAACUUCUGAUUUGGCAUAAAGAAAAAAGGGGAUGCCCUUUGAUGGAGGGAGGAAUUCUUCCUCCCCUCACAGAGUUUUAAGUGGCGACUGUUCUGGGGGAGAGGAACUGAGGCUCUUUUGGGAAGUUUGGGGUUGGACAGAAAGACCUUUGUUUUCUUACCUCCGCAAGGGCAAAGAAUCAGAAUAAAAAAUUACUGUGGAAUAACGUGAUAGAAGAUAAAGUUGAACUCUUGCCAAAGCAACCUUCAUUCUAAAAUAUCACCUCAC